GGUUAAGUGUCAUUGACAGUCGAGAGCAAAAAAGAAAGUACAGCAAUUCUGUUCAUCAGUUGUUUCAUGAUACAUUUAAGAACUAUCAAGUUCUUCUUUUCUACUUGGUUCCUGCAUUCCUCUACUGCCUGUACAAUAAUCUGGCUUUUAUUAAUUUGGCCAUAUUUGACCCAACAACCUAUUAUUUGCUACUACAGUUUAGAGUUGUAGUUACAGCAGUUAUAUUUCAGAUACUUUUCAAGAAGCAUUUAAGCAAGAAGCAGUGGCUAUCUCUGAUUCUGCUGACAUGUGGAUGCAUCAUUAAACAGCUGAAGGUUUCUCACCCAGAAACACCAGUUAUUGAGAGUUCUGAUGCACAAAUGCCAUCUUUCUUGAAGCUGCACUUGAGCUAUAACCUGGUGUUAAUUCUUGUCCAAGUUUUUUGUUCCUGUUUUGCUGGUGUAUAUAAUGAAUACCUACUUAAAGACACUGGAGCCCAUGUUCAUUUAAUGAUACAAAACAUCUUCAUGUACUUUGACUCUAUUCUCUGUAACUUUCUAGUUCUUGUCUUCAAAGGAGAAGUAAUGAAUGUCUUCAAUGUGGAUAUGGUCAGUUCAAUUCUUCAACCUCUUGUCAUACUUGUCAUUUUUAAUGGAACUGGUUGUGGUAUCAUUACCUCAGUGUUUCUUAAAAAUUUGAACUCCAUACUUAAAAAUUUUGCCAGUGCCUUGGAGCUGGCUUUCACAGCUGUUUUGUGUUGGGUUAUAUUUGGUAUCGCUAUUGACAUUUUCACCAUACUUUCUAUUGCCAUUGUUUCUUAUGCCACAUUUAUGUAUUCCCAGAACCCUGUUGUAAACACAGUUAGAGCUGACACAAAGGAUGAGAAUCAAGAAAAUUGUGUAUGAUACCAGUUUAUAAUUUUAGAUCUUAAGUCUUGACAACAGGCUGUUAUUAUCUUUAAGAUUUACAUUGUUGAUAUAUAAUAAGUUCAUAAAUUGUUUUAUGAUUUGUGAUGUAUGAGUAAAAAUUUAAAAAUCGUAAACAUGUGUGCCAAAAUCCUAGGGCAUAUUUUCCCAUGUCCAAAGUUGGUGGGAAUUUUGACUACUCAUUGCAACGUAAAAUUAGUCUGAUAAUUCUUAUUACCUAAUCUAACACAUGCACAGCAGUUGGAUAGUUGCAAAAACUCAUAUAUUCUGUAUUCUAUACUCUUCACAAACUUAGACCUAUGGUGGAAAGAUGCUUGUGCCUAAAAAAAAUAAAGAAGGAUAAACGAAAUGUGCUAAAAUUUGUAAGGAUACUCUUUGUUUCAUAAAUGUGUAUUUGUGACUGGAAACACUGGGCAUUAGUAUUGGCACAACAAAAGUAAUUUUUUUUUCAUGGAACUAUAUCAGUGGUUGAGUUAUUUAUCUAAUUGUCUUCUUUGUGAUUUUUCAUUCUUAAAAGUGAUUUUACUUAGUUCAAGCAAACUUAUUUUUAACUGUUGUGACUUUCAUGCAAAAAUUAUAAUUUAUACAACUCACUUGUGGUUAAACUAGGGCCUGAAAUGGCCUGGUGGUUAGAGCGCUUGACUUUCAAUGUGAGGGUCGUGAGUUCAAAUCUCUGUCACUGAACAUGCUUGUCCUGUAUGGUUGCCAGCUAAAUGGGUGUAAAAAUUAUUGGCUUACAAAAUUACCACCCAGCCCCAAACUAUUUAAGAUUAUGAUGACUCGUGGUUGAGCUAGAAAUGUAUGUUUCCCACAUAUAACACAAGGAUAUAAAACUGUAUGGAAUUUGCUACAUUGCUAGUUCAACACCUAAGUAGCAAACAUCUGUACUGUGAUAACUUUUAUUCAUGUACAAAACCAAACUUAUCUAUUACCUCAACAUUUACAUACUGAUAAGUGACCUAAAACGUCUUUCUUCUUCCCAACUACAUAAGAAGUUAGUUGCCUUGUACAACCCUAGUAUGUUACUAUUCUCUAAUUGUCAAAUAUGUAAAAACAAAAUGUUGAGCUGUUGUCCUUUGUGUUCUACAGGGAGGGAUAGAUAAUGGUAAGUGUUUAAAGUACUGAUGGCAUAAGGUAACUGAUUAUGCCAUACUUUGUCCAAUGCUUUGUUUUGAGGUUGCUUUUGAACAUGGUUUAUUUUUGUACAAGCUUGAAGGUGCAAAUAGCUGUUCUUAAAGAUUGUUUUGUUUAUUUGAUGUUUGCAAAACACAAAUUGUGUUUAUUGAUAUGCUUGCAGUAUAAUAAUAAAUUAUUGUAAUCAUAUGUGUUUGAUACUUUUUGGUAAAAUUGAUGAGACUAGUUUUCUAUAUGUGAUCAUUUUUCAAAAAAUAAUUUUGGAAGAAUUUUCAUUAUGAAUUACAAGAAACUAACUUAAAAAGUCUUAGGUAUAAAGUCUGAAAUGUUGACAUCUCCAAAACUCAAAGCAGGAGAAGUCCAUAGUAAAUUUAAAUUUCUAGACAUUUUAGUGUGUCUAAAUGGUUAACAAUAUAAUUUGUCUUUAGUCUUCAUCUUAGAUUUUUUUUCAUUGUUCAUCUCUAAUUUUUUUUUAGAUAUUUUUAUGGUGUUUUCCUUGUUUAUUUUAAGAAGUUAUAUAUUAACUUAUCUUUUACUUGGUUAUUUGUUAAAUACCAAAUAAAAUUAAUCUUGCUAUUGAAGAGAAAGUUACCUAGAGGUUUGUUCAUGUUAAGUACACUUCCUUUAAAUCAAAACCUUUUACUAAGUUUCAAGCCAUGUUGUCAUUUUUACUAUAAUUUGUGUAAGUUUUGCAUCUCCCUCUAUCCAGGUAUUAUAAAAUAACAGUAUAAACUAUAGUAUUUAAAACUUAAAUUUUUUAUAAUGCAUGAUUCAGAAGUUCUACUUUGGCAAACUGCUUAGAGUUAUAUUACAAUGAAGUAUUAUUGUGAUUUUUAGACUGCAUAUAAAAAUUAUGGACCAUCAGAAAUGUUUACAAUCUAGUCUUCAAGCUUUAGGAACUGAUGAAUGAGAAUUACAAUUAUGAUUAAUUUAUUACAGUUUUAGUUAAAUUUAAUUUCACUUAAGUGUAUUUGCUUCUGAAAAUGUGUUGAAAUAUAAAAAAUGAUUAUUUUCUUGUUUUGUUUGUUAUACAAAUUUGUAUCAUUGAUAUAUGUAUUGUACAUGGUAAUGACAAUUAUAAUCACCAGAUGGCAAACCAUGUAAUGAAUCAUAAAUUUAUGUUAAGAUGACUUACAAUUUUUUAGUUUUUGUGGUCAUAAAUAUUUAUAUAUAAUUGUUUUAUUACCUAAUGAGUGCUUUCAAUGUUGAUGAUAGUUUUGAUUUUGAGCAUCUGUACAUUAUGUAUGGCAAGUGUAAGGUGGAUAAUGGUUUUUUAAAUAAUAUUAUUUAAACUUCUUACGUGCACAAAUAUGGUAAUAUUGCUGAAGUUAAAAUUGAUCUUUGAAAACCAAGAAACACACACAUGUACAAUUGAUGAUUGUGUACAAUAGAGAGUUUGUAAUAAAGCAGUAACACUUUA